UGCUGUGAGCGACUGUAAAGGUCAGGGCAGGGAACGGGUCUGUCCCGGGUCUCAAGAGAAUUCUGUCCACCAGCUGAAGGAAGUGUGUGAAGGCAGCAGCAUGUGGAAGUGGAAGUGGAAGAGGAAGGACGAGAGAGUUCCUCCGGAACAGAAGGGAGGACGAGGAGCUCAGAGCAGUCAGCCUCAAACACAUGACGAUGUGACGUCUGAGGACCAGGAUGACUCCAGGGAAGGGAUGAUCUCCAGGAGUGACAGCUAUACUGUAAAAAUGUGGUUGAAGGGCACUUUGGAGGAUUUGGACUCCAGUAGGCUGGAGAAAUUCCAGUGGUGGCUGGUGAAUGCAGAAGAAUCAAAGGAUGGUUUCAAACCAAUCCCAGUGUGUUAUCUGGAGAAUGCGAACAGAUUGAAGACAGUAGAUCUGAUGGUGCAGAGGUUCUCCUCAAAGACCAGAGAGGUGGCCGAGACGAUUUUAAAGAAGAUGAAAAGUGAUAAAGAAAUACCUGUUGUGUCGGACGAUCCAGUCUCUCCAGCUGGUGCAACAGGUACGUUAGUUGCAGUUUGUCAAAAGCAGUUAAAGUCUAAGCUGAAGAAGAAGUACCAGUGUGUGUCUGAGGGGAUUGUUAAAGCAGGAAAGAAAACCCUUCUGGAGCAGAUCUACACAGAGCUCUACAUCACAGAGGGAGGGACCGGAGAGGUCAACAAAGAACAUGAAGUCAGACAGAUUGAAGCAGCUCCCAGGAAACCACACAGAGCAGAAACAACCAUCAGACAGGAAGACAUCUUUAAACCCCCACCUGGAAGAAAAGGACCAAUCAGAACGGUGAUGACGAAGGGAGUGGCCGGCAUCGGGAAAACAGUCCAGAAGUUCAGUCUGGACUGGGCUGAAGGCAGAACCAACCAGGACAUCCAGUUCCUGCUUCCAUUCACCUUCAGAGAGCUGAAUGUGCUGAGAGAGGAGAAGUUCAGCUUGGUGGAACUAGUUCAUCGAUUCUUCUCUGAAACCAGAGGAAUCUGCAGCUUUGAAGAGUUCCAGGUCGUUAUCAUCUUUGACGGUCUGGAUGAGAGUCGACCUCCUCUGGACUUCCACAACAAUGAAGACCUGACUGAUGUUACAGAGUCCACCUCAGUGGACGUGCUGCUGACAAACCUCAUCAGGGGGAGCCUGCUUCCUUCUGCUCGUCUCUGGAUCACCACACGACCCGCAGCAGCCGAUCAGAUCCCUCCUGAGUGCGUUGACAUGGUGACGGAGGUCAGAGGGUUCACUAACCCUCAGAAGGAGGAAUACUUCAGGAAGAGGUUCAGAGUAGAGAAGCAGACCAGGAUCAUCUCCCACAUCAAGACAUCACGGAGCCUCCACAUCAUGUGCCACAUCCCAGUAUUCUGCUGGAUCACUGCUACGGUUCUGGAGAAUGUCCUGGAAACCAGAGAGAGAGGGGGGCUGCCCAAGACCCUGACUGAGAUGUACAUCCACUUCCUGGUGGUCCAGGCCAAACUGAAGAAGGUCAAGUAUGAUGGAGGAGCUGGGACGGAUCCACACUGGAGUGAAGAUACCAGGAAGAUGGUGGAGUCUCUGGGAAAACUGGCUUUUGAGCAGCUGCAGAAAGGAAAGCUGAUCUUCUAUGAAUCAGACCUGAGAGAGUGUGGCAUCGAUGUCAGAGAGGCUUCAGUGUACUCAGGAGUGUUCACCCAGAUCUUUAGAGAGGAGAGCAACCUGUACCAGGACCAGUUCUUCUGCUUCAUCCAUCUGAGUGUUCAGGAGUUUCUGGCUGCUCUUCAUGUCCAUCUGACCUUCAUCAAGUCUGGAGUGAACCUGCUGGAGGAACAAAGAAACACAGAGACUGACCGCUAUCAGAGUGCUGUGAACAAGGCCUUACAGAGUCCCAACGGACACCUGGACUUGUUCCUGCGCUUCCUCCUGGGUCUUUCACUGGAGACCAAUCAGAACCUCCUACGAGGUCUGAUGGAACCAAAACAAAGAAGAUCACAGAACAAUCAGGAAACAGUUGAAUACAUUAAGAAGAAGAUCAGUGAGGAUCUGUCUGCAGAGAGAAGCAUCAACCUGUUCCACUGUCUGAAUGAACUGAACGAUCGUUCUCUGGUGGAGGAGGUCCAACGGUCCCUGAGGUCUGGACGUCUCUCCACGGAUAAACUGUCUCCUGCUCAGUGGUCGGCUCUGGCCUUCAUCUUACUGUCAUCAGAAGAAUAUCUGGAGGUGUUUGACCUGAAGAAGUUCUCAGCUUCAGAGGAGGUUCUACGGAGGCUGCUGCCGGUGGUCAAAGCGUCCAAGAAAGUUCUACUGAGUGGCUGUAACCUCUCAGGGAACAUCUGUCCACUUCUGUCCUCGGUUCUCAGCUCUCAGUCCUCCAUUCUGACAGAACUAGACCUGAGCAACAACGACCUGCAGGAUUCUGGACUGGAGCAGCUGUGUCCUGGACUGGAGAGUCCACACUGUAAACUGGAGUCUCUCAGGCUGUCAGGCUGUCUGAUCUCAGAGGAAGGAAGUUCUUCUCUGGUCUCAGCUCUGACCUCCAACCCAUCCCACCUGAGAGAGCUGGACCUGAGCUACAACCAUCCAGGAGAGUCAGCAGGGAAGCUUCUGUCUAGACUGGAGGAUCCCCGCUGGAGACUGGACACUCUCAGGGUGGAACCUGCUGGACAACGAUGGCUGACACCAGGAGGUCUGAGGAAGUAUUCCUGUCAACUCACCAUCGACACAAACACAGUCCACAACAAGAUCAAACUGUCUGAUGGCAACAGGAAGAUGACGUGUGUGGGGGAGGAUCAGUACUAUCCUGAUCAUCCAGACAGGUUUGAUGUUAAACCACAGCUGCUGUGUAGAGAAGUUCUGACGGGUCGCUGUUACUGGGAGGUCCAGUGGAGGGGACAUGUUUCUGUAUCAGUGAGUUACAGAAGAAUCAGCAGGAAAGGAAACUCUGAUGACUGGAGGUUUGGAUGGAAUGAUCAUUCCUGGAGUCUGUACUGUGAUCCACGUGGUCAGUACCAUGUUUGUCACAAUAACAGAGGAACAUCCUUCAUCUCCUCAUCUCCAUCUCCAGACUCUGGCAGAGCAGCAGUGUACGUGGACGUUCCUGCUGGAACUCUGUCCUUCUAUGAAGUCGUCUCUGACAGACUGAUCCUCCUCCACACCUUCAACACGACCUUCACUGGACCUCUCUGUGCUGGAUUUGGACUCUGGUCCGGCUAUAGGUACUCCUCUGAUUCCUCAGUGUCUCUGUGUCCAGUUGAUGAUGAUGAUGAUGAUGAUGAUGAUGAUGGUGAUGAUGAUGAUGAUGAUGAUGAUGAUGAUGAUGAUGAUGAUGAUGAUGAUGAUUAAGAUGAUGAUGAUGAUGAUGGUGAUGAUGAUGAUGAUGAUGAUGAUGAUGAUGAUGAUGAUGAUCAAGGUGAUUAUGAUGAUGAUGAUGAUGAUGAUGAUGAUGAUGAUGAUGAUGAUGAUGAUGAUGAUGAUGAUGAUGAUGAUCACUGUUUAUCUUUAGUUUUUUGGUUUAUUGUAUUUUUAUUUGAUCUUUUCCACAUUUAAACAUUAAAUAAUUUACUGGAUUGUUGAUGUUUGAUCAUAAAUUAGAUUUUUAUCUCAUUAUUCUUGUUUUAUUCUUGAUUCUGUCUCUAAAUGUUUUCAUGUUUGACUUUACGUUUAGAUUCUUAAAGUCUUGUUUCUUCCCUGAAAGAAAGUUUGAGCUUCAAAUCUAAACACUUCCAUUUUACAUUCAACUUUUCCAGUUUGUAUAAUAUUUGAUUGAUUUAUCCGAUUGUUUUAAUUGGAUUCCUUCAGUUUUCAAAGUAGUUGAUUUAAAAAUGGAGUGAGAAGAUGGAAAUAUUCAUGUAACAUCCAACAUGUAAAAACAUCAGCAGCAUGUGUAAAAGUAAUCAAGUACUUUUGAAAUAAAC